AUGGUUUAUGCCAUCAAGGAGAUAAAUGGAAAUGAGUUUCUGCUCCCUAACAUCUCCCUGGGCUUCCACAUCUUUGAUACCUGUGUGCACAUCUCUCGUGCUGUCUGGGAGACUCUUACCUGCCUGACAGGAAGGGAUCACCCAACUCUGAACUACCAGUGUAACCGGAAGGUCAGUUAUGCUGCCACUGUAAUCACGCUGAGCAAUCGCCUCUUAUACCCGUCAUUCUUCCGCACUGCUUCUAGUGACGACAAACAGUCCCGGGCCUUGGCUAAGCUGGUCUUCUACAUGGGCUGGAAAUGGGUUGGAUUGCUCUCGCUCAACAAUGAUUACGGCAUCUUGGGCUCCCAGAUCCUCAAAGAAGAGCUCCAGAACAUGGGGGUGUGCAUUGCUUACCAUGAGACUUUUGGUCAGGGGACGUCCUUGAAGAAAAUCCAAUCCAUAGCCGACAUUAUUGUUCGAUCCUCAGCCAAGGUUGUCAUAGUGUUCUCCAGGGAUCCUCAAAUCAACCAGCUAAUGGAGCUGUUCUUAAAGAGAAAGGACGUGGACCGAAUUUGGCUGGCCAGUAAUGGGUGGUCUACCUCUCCAUUGCUCUCCAUUACAAGGUUUAGCCAUACAAUGGUUGGAACACUGGGAUUUUCAUUGCAUGAAGUGGAUAUGCCGGGGUUCAGGGAAUUUCUAUUGGGCGUCCAUCCAUCCACUUCUCUCCCUCAGGACAUCUUCAUCAACACCUUCUGGGAGAUAGCUGUUGGCUGCAGAUGGCCGAUUGCAAGUGCUGACGGAGGAAAUGAAACGGUGUGGUGCACAGGAGAGGAGAAGCUGAAAGAAUUCUCCAACAAAAAAUAUGAAAAUAAUUACUUGGAUCUCAUAUUUCAGUAUCGAAUAUAUAAUGCAGUAUAUGCCGUGGCCCAUGCUCUCCAUGAUCUAAUAUUCUCCUGUGCAUUCCGACAGGAAGCCACCAUGCCAGGAAAAUGCGUGGACCUCUCCAACAUAAAGCCAUGGCAGAUCUUCCAGCACCUGAAGAGCGUCUACUUCAGGAAUCGGAUGGGAGAAGAAAUAUACUUCGAUGCCAAUGGGAACCCACCGACUGACUAUGAUCUUCUGAACUGGCAGCUGAACUCAGAUGGCACCAUUUCAUUUGUGAAGGUCGGACGCUACAAAAUACUUGAGUCCCAAGAAAAUGAGUUGAACAUUAAUAUUACUGCUAUCAAGUGGAUCACUGGAGUCCAAGAGAUCCCGAUCUCUGUUUGUACUAACAGUUGCUCAUCUGGAUUUCGGAAGGCUUCCCUGAAGGGACAACCCAUGUGUUGCUUUGGCUGCGUUCCUUGUUCAGAGGGGGAAAUUUCAAACCAAAUAGAUUCCAACAACUGCCAUCUAUGUAGCCCCGAGACAUGGCCCAAUGAAAAUAAAACAAUGUGCAUCCCUAAGGCUGUAGAGUUCCUGUCCUACUGGGAACCCCUUGGAAUAACCUUGACUUCUACCGCUAUCUUCUGCUUCUUUACUUCCACAAGUAUCUUGUGUGUCUUUGUCAAAUACAAAGACACAGCCAUUGUCAAAGCCAAUAAUCGUGAUCUUACCUAUGUCCUCCUUACCUCUCUAUGUUUAAGUUUCCUCUGCUCUCUACUUUUCAUUGGAGAACCUCAAAAAUUCACCUGUCUCCUCCAUCAAGGAGCUUUUGGAGUUAUAUUUGUUCUUUGCAUUUCGUGCAUCUUUGCUAAAACUUUGAUGGUGGUCAUAGCUUUCCGGGCAACCAAACCAGGAAACAAUACGAGAAGAUGGCUGGGACCAACAGUUCCUGCUUUGAACGUCUCCACCUGCACCUUUAUCCAGCUGUUUAUUUCCAUCUACUGGAUUCUGUCCUGCCCCUCGUUGCCAGAGAAGAACAUCAAGAUAAUGACUGGAGUCAUCAUCUAUCAAUGUAACGAAUGUUCUGCCACGUUGCUCUGGUGGAUGCUGGGAUACAUGGCGUUUCUAGCCUGCGUCAGCUUCCUUGUUGCGUUUCUUGCCAGAAACUUGCCAGAUAACUUCAAUGAGGCCAAGUGGAUCACCUUCUCCAUGUUGAUCUUUUUGAGUGUCUGGAUCUCCUUUGUCCCCGCAUAUCUCAGCACUCAUGGCAAGUUUAUGGUGGCCGUUGAGGUGUUUGGAAUAAUUUCUUCUAGUGCCGGGAUCCUAGGUUGCUUUUUCUUCCCUAAGUGCUAUAUUAUAUUAUUUAGAGCUGAUCUCAACACGCGUGAGAACCUACUAGGCAAAGGGCACAAGCAGAAGUUUAAUCCCAAGAUAACACAGACUCUUUAAAAGCAAACAUAAAUUGCAUUGGAAGUACAGCAAAGAGUGUAUGAGUUCCAUAUUCCAGAAUUACUGGGAAUA